AUGAAUCUCUUCACGGCUGUCAACGACGCCAUGCGCGUAGCACUUCGAACGGACGAGACAGCAAUUGUGUUUGGCGAAGAUGUCGCCUUCGGUGGGGUCUUUCGCUGCAGCCACAAUUUACGCGAGGAAUUUGGGGCGGACCGCGUCUUCAAUACACCGCUUUCCGAAAACGGCAUCGCUGGCUUCGCUGUUGGCUACGCCGCAACAGGCGGUACUGCAAUCGGUGAAAUACAGUUCGCCGAUUACAUCUUUCCAGCCUUUGACCAAAUCGUCAACGAACUCGCCAAAUUCCGUUACCGCUCCGGAAACCAGUGGAACGCGGGAGGUGUUACGCUUCGUGCUCCCUGUGGGGCAGUCGGUCACGGAGGACACUACCAUAGUCAAUCACCUGAAGCGUAUUUGGCGCACACGCCUGGGAUUCGUGUCGUCAUGCCACGGGGGCCCAAAGCGGCCAAGGGAUUGCUGCUGGCAUCAAUUCGUUCCAGAGACCCCGUCGUAUUUUUGGAGCCCAAGGCUCUGUAUCGAGCGGCGGUGGAAGAUGUACCCGUGGGUGAUUACGAAAUUGAAUUGGGAAAGGCAGAGAUUCUGAGACCCGGUGAGGACGUAACAGUUGUGGGUUGGGGUGGCCAACUUCGCGUUUUGGCAAAGGCCUGUGCACUGGCUGCCGAGCUCGGGAUUGACUGCGAAUUGAUUGAUCUACAAAGCAUCUUACCCUGGGACUUUGAGACGGUUGCCGCGUCGGUAAGCAAGACCGGGAAGCUUGUCGUAAGCCACGAGGCUCCCAUAACUUGUGGCUUUGGGGCCGAGGUUGCGGCGACUGUUGCCGAUCGGUGCUUUUGGAAUUUGGAAGCACCCAUUAAGCGUGUGUGCGGGUACGAUACGCCAUUUCCUCUGAUUUACGAAAAGUACUAUAUUCCGGACGAGCUUAAGAAUCUGGAAGCCAUCAAGACUGUCGUUGAAGCAGCUAAAUAA